UCUCUCUCUCUCUCUCUCUGGUCACGAAACCCCCAAAUCCAAUUUUCAGAUAAUUAGGGUUUUUUUUUGUUUGUUCAAUUUCUCUGAUGAAACUGAGAAGAAGAAUCUCACAUUAGGGUUCCUUAGUGUUGGCAUAUUCUGUGGGUUUUUCUCAUCUCUCAUUCCACGGAACACUGAGGAGAUUCCCAUGUUGACCUCUCCUUGCUCUUCUUCGUCUCUCCUCCUUUGCCAUCGCCCAGCGCUAUCUAUUUCGCGUUCAAAGUUUAGGGUUCCUAGUCGAACUGUCUUCUCUCCUGCUAUUACCCAGAUUUCCCCUUUAACUGCUGCUUCUUCACCUUCUAAUAAGCCCGCGAAGCACAAAUGGAAGUUUUUUUGCUUUAGAAAUGAGGAUUCUGCUCCUGAGAAUCCGGAGCAAUUCGUGCCUGAGGAAAUAGUUAAGCCAGAUCAAGAUUCUCCAUGUACAGAUAAAACAGAUUUGAAGGCAACUCUUCAAAAGGCUGCAGAUGCAGUUUUGAAAGCCAUUGGGACUCGUUGGAAGGUACCAUGGACUGUCGAGACCAUUGUGCAGGUAAUGCUUCUGUGGGUAGCUGCUUUCUGGUUCAUUGGUUCAUGGAUGAUCCCAUUCAUGGCUCAUAUAUCAGGUUUCCACAAAGAAUCCCUAACAUUUAGAGGCCAAGCUUUGUUCAGUCUGGUAACUGAUGUAACAGAAGGCCUUGCCGGGAUUGCUAUCCUCCACCGUUGUCUCUCCAUGUUCCGUCCUCUUGCAAGCGAUUGGUUCCGCUUUAGCCUCAAAGGAAACUGGCAACUAGAUGUUAUCAUAGGCUGUUUCAUGUUCCCUUUCGUAAACCGUCUAUCCCAAUUAAACCUCAACCUUUUGCCACUCCCACCGACCUCAAGUCCGGUCUCACUGUCAAGUGUCGAGCAGUCGAUAAUGGCUAGAGACCCUGUGGCAAUGGCACUGUAUGCGGUUGUGGUAUCGAUUUGUGCACCGGUUUGGGAAGAGAUAGUGUUCAGAGGGUUCUUGUUACCGUCUCUGACUAGGUACAUGCCAGUUUGGUGUGCGAUUCUUGUGAGUUCAGUUGCGUUUGCUCUGGCGCAUUUCAAUGUGCAGAGGAUGUUGCCAUUGGUGUUCCUUGGAGUGGUUUUGGGUUUGAUAUUCGCACGAUCAAGGAACUUGUUACCGUCAAUGCUGUUGCAUAGCUUGUGGAAUGGCUUUGUAUUCAUAGAAUUGAUGCGAUGAGGAUGAACAAUGUCUCUGUUUUAGGUGUUUCUUAUUCUUCUUGUAAUUGAUUCAUGUUAUGAUUUUAGCAAUUCUUUUUUUUUUGUUUCUUAAUAAAUGGACAGUUCAAUUGUACAAAGAGAAGGGAAAAUAGUCAAAAGGAAACUACUAAUUU